CUUUCCGUCACAGAGAUAAGCCGAUGAUCGGGUUUCUACCUUUCUAUAAAGGAACUUUAAAAAAGGUAAAAAAAUCCAAAAGGUUGGUUCAUUAAUUCUUACUCGAAAAAAACCUUAACCUCGAAUCAUACAAUCAUGGGCUCAGAACUCCCUAACCAGCGGUGGGCGGCGUUCGCCCGCGACACGAACGAGACCAAGAUCCUGCUCGCCCUGAACCUCGACGGCGGGGCCUUCCCACCCAACACGGACGCCCGACUUUUGACGGCCGUGGGCGAGGGACAUGCGAGCCAAUCCAGCAAGUCGCAGUCCAUCAGCGUGAAUACGGGCAUCGGCUUCCUCGACCACAUGCUGCACGCCUUGGCGAAGCACUCGGGCUGGAGCCUGGCCCUGAUAUGCAAGGGCGACCUCCACAUCGACGACCACCACACCGCCGAAGACUGCUGCCUCGCCCUCGGGUACGCCUUCGCGCAGAGCCUCGGCAGCGCCACCGGCCUCGCACGGUUCGGGCACGCCUACGCGCCCCUCGACGAAGCCCUCUCGCGCGCCGUCGUCGACCUCUCGAACCGGCCCUACAGCGUGGUGGAGCUGGGCCUGCGGCGCGAGAAGAUCGGCGACCUGAGCUGCGAGAUGAUCCCGCACUGCCUGCAGAGCUUCGCGCAGGCCGCCCGCCUGACCCUGCACGUCGACUGCCUGCGCGGCGAGAACGACCACCACCGCGCCGAGAGCGCGUUCAAGGCCCUGGCUGUGGCGAUUCGCCAUGCGACGGCGCGGAUACCCGGCAAGGAGGGCGAGGUCCCGAGUACGAAGGGCACAUUGAGCGUGUAGGUAGUCAGGGGGUUUGUGAUGAGUAUAAAAUAUAAAGUUGGUGAAUUGCUGCUUAUGUAUGCCAUAUCACUGCAUCGCAGGAUCUGCUCCACCACGCCAUCUAUGUGUUCUCGAUUGCAAUUUUGUUCAUCGAUCUAACUGAGUCGCAAAGGUAAUGUAAUGUCCCCUUCAUUCACGACUCGCCACGGUGAGGCUAGGAUGCCUCCUUUUAGCCAGGGGGAAUAACUCGUACCAUCACAAUUUUGAUGCUGAUAGGAUAAUAAUUUCAUGUCUGAUUGCAUUAUAUUUCAC